GCAAUCAGCAUUCAAUGAUCCGACACUUUUCCACCAGUCUAACAAGACUAGCAAAGCCUGUGCCAACUACUCCACCGUUAUACCUUGGUCGUCCUUCGAACAACUUAUCAGCAGGUUUGGUUGGACUCGCCAACAUCGGGAAAUCAACCUUCUUUCAAGCAUUCACCAAGCUGAAGUUAAGUAAUCCUGCAAAUUAUCCAUAUGCCACUAUCGAGCCAUGUAAACUGAUCUUGCCUAUUCCUUCAACUAUUCUCAAUCACUAUAAACAGAUAUUUUCCAGUGAGAAGGAGAUCAAUUCCAAAUUAACCAUCUGGGACAUUGCUGGGUUGACUAGAGGGGCAUCGAGUGGUGCUGGGCUAGGCAAUCAAUUUCUUAACGAUAUAAGACAAGUCGAUGGGGUAUUUCAAGUGGUUAGAGGAUUCAUCGACGAUGACAUCACUCAUGUAGAGAAAACCGUGGACCCCGUGCGUGAUUGUGUUGUCGUAGGUGACGAAUUGAUAUUAAAGGAUUUGGAAUUCAUUGAGAAUGAACGAAAAGUGUUGGAACGUGAGAAAAAACAAAAGAAGAGGGAUAAUAUUGAGUGGUGUGGAGAAGUGCUUGACAAAUUGGAGGGGAUGUUAUACGACGGAGUGAAGGUGAUUAACGGUGAGUAUAACGAGGAGGAAAUCAAGUAUAUCAACAGUUUGAAUUUUCUCACCGCAAAACCUACGGUGUAUCUUUUAAACACCAGUGCCGACGAUUAUGCAAAGGGAACUAAUCAGUUUAUCCAGCCUGUGUCACAAUGGAUUGAGGAAAACUCGCCUAACGAUAAAUUGAUCGUAUGCAGCGGGGAAUACGAAACAAAAUUAAACGAGUUGGAAGGAGCAGAAGAAUUAGCCGAAUAUAUUAACACUGUUGGGCACGGGAAAGAAUCAGCCAUUGGCGACAUUGUCUCAGCCAUGAAGGAUGUGCUUCAUUUGAUCUCGUUCUACACUUGUGGUCCCAAGGAAGCUCAUCAAUGGAAUUUACGCGCGGGAAAAACUGUAGUUGAAGCAGCAGGUGUAAUCCAUAGUGAUUUGCAACUGACGUUUAUAAAUAGUAUAGUUUACAAAUGGGGAGAUUUGCGAGGCUUAGACAAAUUUGACGAGGCGAAACUCAAAAGUCAAGGUAAACAGUAUCGGCACGGUAAGAAGUAUAUUGUUGAAGAUGGGGAUGUGAUUAAUAUCAAAGCUGGGGGUGGUAAGAGUAGAUAGAAACACCUUAUAUAUAUAUGCCCUGUACAUAGGAUUUUAGAUGC